GGAGGAGUCAGGUGACGGCGCCCGUUGCUGCUGCUAGUGCUGCUGCUUUGUGAGGCGCAUUGUGCUGCAGGUAAGAGGCGGCGGCGGUGGAGGAAGUCGGCAAGUCACCGGGGGCGUCGUGCACAGGAUUUUCUAUUUUGUACAUACAUUGUUUUGUAUAUACUGUAUAUGAUGACUUCGGUGGGAAAUGAACGUACCCGGGGCACUCGGGAAAAAACACAGAUUUCAACUCCACAGACGCAACCACAGAAACAGGUACAGGCAACAGCUGAGCAGAUCCGCCUCGCACAGAUGAUCUACGACAAAAAUGAUGCAGACUUUGAGGAUAAAGUGAAACAACUAAUGGAAGUGACAGGAAAGAACCAGGAUGAGUGCAUAGUGGCGCUUCAUGACUGCAACGGAGAUGUGAACAGGGCGAUUAAUAUACUUCUGGAAGGAAACUCUGACACGACGUCCUGGGAGACUGUUGGUUGCAAAAAGAAGAGCAUUGGAAAAGAGAGCUCUGAAAACAAAGAAAACAGGGAGAAGAGAGGCGACAGAGAAGCAAGCCGUGGCCGUGGAACAUCCAGCAGGCGUGGCCGAGGAGGAAGUCGUGGUAGAGAGUUUAGAGCAGAAGAAAAUGGCGUAGACAAUGGCCCUGGAGACAGACCUACUGACCGUGGCAGACGUGGUCGUGGCAGAGGAUUUGGAGGGCGCGGACGAGGUAGGGGAGCAGGAAGGUUUUCAGCACAGGGCAUGGGGACAUUUAAUCCUGCAGACUACACUGAGUCCAGCACUAAUGAUGGCUUUGGUGUAAAACCAGAGGUAUGGGAGACGGGUCAGAGUGACGGAGAUGAUGGGAAUGGAGCAUGGAGAAAUUCUAUUGAAGAGUGGACAGCAGAAGACUGGAAUGAAGAUCUUUCUGAAACAAAGGUCUUCACUGCAUCUUCUGUUCCACCAGAAAAUCAGAUUACGGCUGGGCAAAGCAUCGACCUGGUGACCCUGCUCCAGAAACCACAGCAAAACACUGAGCCUGGUUCUGUAGGCUUUGAGUCUUCUCAACAGCAGAAUUUUGGUCAGGCACUGGUGUUCACAAAUUCUCAGCACAGCUCUCAGAUUCCAUCUGCAACCACCGGCUCCAAUGCUGUCAACAGCUUCACUCAACCAAGUCUGUCUUCUGUGCUUGGUUCUGGGUUUGGAGAGAUUGGGUCUUCAAAACUUACAAAUUCUGCUGGCUCCCAGAUACUGGAACAACUGAAAAACCCCAGUCUGGGGCAGUUCACAACUCCAAACGCUCAACAGAGUGGCAGUACCUCCACCGCUUCUUCAUGGGACAUAAAGCCUGUGCCGCAGGCGUCGGUCCUCGCUCAGUUUGACUUCAAAUCGCAGCCAGAGCCGUCACCAGUGCUGAGUCAGCUCGCACAACGGCAGCAUCAGAUACAGACUGUCACAGCGCCACCUCCAGGUUUGGAGACCUUCUCAUCACAGGUCAAACUGAGGGAGACUUCUCCAGUGAAAAGCUCCCCCAACAUCAACAAAAUGAUUCAGCUUCCCAACUUGUCCCUGGAUUCCCAAGCAAUGUCUGUACAACAGACUCAGCAUCAGAAGCACUUAAAACCCCAGAAACGGAGGAUACCUCCCACUUCAAAGGUCAGCAUCCUGGAGAGCAGUCCUUUUUAUUCCGCAAGCUACAGUUUAUUGAUCCCCUCAUCUGCAGUAGAGAUGCCAGGAUCAGCCGACGUCACAGGAUUAAAUGUUCAGUUUGGAGCCCUGGAGUUUGGAUCUGAGCCCUCCUUGCCGGAGUUUGGAUCAAACACAAGUCCGGAUAAUGCAAGUCAGACAACAAACAACCUAUAUUCAAAAAGCAUAAGUGACUCCCUGAAUACCUCUUUGCCAAUAUCAAGUUCUGUGCCGGAGCCAAGCUACACCUCGCCAGUAAUCACAACUUCCAGUCACAGUAACUCUACGCAGAGCACCAGUCCAGUCACAAUCUCCUCUUCUUCCUCCUCCUCUUACGACCAGACAUCUGUGCACAACAGAAUAGGAUACCAAAGCUCCAUGUCGACCCCCGAGGUGGUACCUGUCACUAACGGACACAAUGGAAUUCGGGCACAAGUGUCUUUGAACACUGCUUCCUCCGUACAAUCAGUGAAGUCUGAGAGCUCGCAGAACCUGGCUUCUGUAGUGUCCCUGUCCAGUCCGGCCUCCACCGCCUCCUCUCUCCUUCCAGCAGUCUCGCAGCAGCACACGUCUGCGGUGUCACUCUCCAGCUUGCCGCAGCCCAACGACCUCUCAAACAGCUCUCUAUCCCAACUUAGCAGCACUUUGUCUGGGCACCAGAGCAGCCUUCCUGCAGCAUCUGUAUUGUCCUCAGCAGUUUCCCACACACAUACCAGUGUAGAAAACACAGUAUCCCUCCAGCCCAGCACAACCUUCUCUACAGCCCCCACAUCGGCAUCGAGCACCACCUCUUCAGUCAUCAGCCUGGCCAGCAGUAUGAACACUACAAACAGCUUGGGCCUGAGCGUUCCCAGUGUUAGCGUGCCAAUAGCUGCUGCUUCCACGCGAACUGCUCCUCUGGUUUCUUCCGGAAAAGCUCCCCCCAACCUGCCGCAGGGUGUCCCCCCUUUGUUACACAAUCAGUACAUAGUAGGACCUGGUGGUCUCCUCCCAGCAUACCCACAGAUCUAUGGAUAUGAUGAUCUCCAAAUGCUUCAAUCCAGAUUGCCAAUGGACUACUAUGGAAUCACAUUCCCUGCCCCAGCAACGCUUACUGGAAGAGAUGGAGGACUUGCAAGCAACCCAUACUCAGGUGAUGUAGCAAAGUUUGGCCGUGGUGACUCUGCUUCUCCUGCGCCCGCCACAACAUUAGCCCAACCUCAGCAGAAUCAGACGCAAACACACCAUACGGCACAGCAGCCGUUCUUGAACGCAACGCUCCCACCUGGCUACAGUUACACAGGAUUACCUUAUUAUGCUGGAGUACCAGGAGUGCCGAGUGCUUUUCAGUAUGGACCCACCAUGUUUGUACCUCCUGCAUCAGCCAAGCAACAUGGGGUUAAUCUAAACACAGCAUCUACACCUUUCCAGCAGGCCGGAGGGUAUGGUCAGCACAGUUACAGUACAGUCCAUUUUCCUGCAGGUUAUGAUGACUUGGCCCAGGGAACAACGGCUGCCGAUUACAGCAAAGGUGGUUACAGUGCGUCAGCGCAAGCACAAAGCAAGUCUGCAGGUGCCGGACCGGGCAAAGGUGUGUCUGUGAGCUCCACUAACGCCGGAGUGCCCGAUAUCAGUGGCUCCGUCUAUAACAAGACUCAGACAUUUGACAAGCAGGGAUUCCAUGCGGCCACACCACCGCCUUUCACUCUCCCCUCUGCUCUUGGAUCAACUGGGCCCUUAAAUCCUGGGGCUGCUGCAGGUUAUGCACCAGCUCCUUUCUUGCAUAUUCUACCUGCUCAUCAACAGCCUCACUCUCAGCUGCUACAUCACCAUCUCCAGCAGGAUGGACAGGGUGGAUCCGGUCAACGAAGCCAACCAAACUCCAUGCAGCAGAAGACUCAGGCAAACAAGACAGCCUACACCAGUUCCCCAUACUGGACAAACUGAUGCGUUUCAUGGCAGCCCGGAAGAAGAGUAUGCUACUGCGCAUUCCUGGACCCCACCAUUAAUUUGAAUACUUUACAGAAGAGACAACUGUGAUCAGCCAAAAUACCUGUGCGGGAGCAGUCUGCGAACAUGUCCGUAGCACGACACUUACCCGCUUUAUUUUUGGUUUGCUGGUGUAUGUAAUAUAUUUAUGUAUGUAUUUGUAAAUGUAAUAGAGCCUAAAUGUGUUUUUCUGCAUUUUGCAGGGUUUUUUUUUCUUUGUUUUUUUUCUUUCUUUUUAGGGGGCAUUCAAAUUAA